AUGGACGGCGCCCACACCUUUCAAAGUCCUGGCGACUUCUACUCCCAAAAACCCAGAAAAUCCGACCCAGAGACUCCAACUGUAGGUCCUUUGCGCAUCCACAAAGUAAACCACUCCACUUCAACCACCUCGACCACAUCGACUCCCUCCAGGACAUCGUCAGAAGAAGCCGAGGUCGACGGCACCUCGCAGACCAGACGCGCCAGUCCUCCGUACCCCGAUGAUCGCUUUCGUCCUGUGCAUGCUGCUGCCGGCGCACAACGUCUAGGAACUCCCGAGCUGAACUCGUCAGGCAUGCGCCGUCAAUCCUCGACUCGUGCCAAAUUUGGUGCGAGCGAUCCAAACNNUCGUCCUACCGUCUCUGGUUACGCUGGUACUCCACCACCAUCCCUCACCCCAGGAAUCAGAGGAGACAGAAACAAGCUUGCUCCAGAAGUACCAGGAAAGGAAGAGGUGAACAACGACAACGACGACGAUGGCUUGUUCCAGAAGCCUCCACCAAAAUCCCCCGCGCCAGCAGUGCCUGUGGGCGAUGAAGGAAUAGCUCAGUCUACGUACCAACAGUACUAUCCACCCCCGGCGGCUGCUACGCUUCAACCUCCAAGCGCUGGUGUAAAUCGAUUGAGUUCGACUGCCUCUACGUCUACAACGCGUGCCCAAAGAGGGUCUCCACCACCACCGGAUACACCCAUACUCGGGAAGCCGACAGGAGGCUUCGAAGCCGGAUACCCCUAUGCUCAAAACGCUGCGGCCUCUCGUGCCAAUCAGUAUGCCAAUCCUGUUGCCCGUCCUUCGACCAUAUCGCCAUCGCGACAGCCAAUAGAAGUCCCUCGGCCUUGGACGCCAACUGAACAACCGGGCAGCUAUCCACACGGGCCCCCGGUUGCCUUCCAGGGCGGCACUGAGGUCCCACCUGCUACGAACUACCAGAGUCCUACCAUUGCUGCCUACCAAAGUCCGCCUCAGCCAAGUCAAACCCGCACAAAUCAGAUUUCUCCCUCUCAGCCGGUCCAGCAAUUCGUGUCACCGCCUGUUCCACAAUUUGGAGUUCCCAUUACUCAAACCCCUUCUCCUGCCCAGCUUGCUCGACCCGCCCAAUAUUUGCAAUCGCCUCAGAACAACCAACCUGGUUCGCGUCUGUCUUUUUCUCCCCAGACACAUCCUCUGGAGCAGGAUAUGCAGCGACUGCAGGUAGCCGAUGAACCUCCACCGGCAUAUUCGAGUGUGUCUCAGCAGAGAUUGUUCUCUGGAGCGUCUGCUCAAGGUUAUCCAAAUGAGAAACGCUUGAGUAAUGCUUCCGUGCCUAGCUCCACCUCUUCGCAAGACCCCAAUCUUCGUAGACACCCAGCCUUUGCCAACGACGCAGGUCAACCUAUCGUGCAACAGACCGUGCAGCAGCCUGUUGCCUCCACACAGCCUACAACUCUAGCACCCAUCCAGAUCAUGUCACCAAGCCCGGGACCCAGCAUAACACCAGCAUCUCCUCCACCUCUUCCCGAAGGAUGGAUAGCCCAUCUAGACCAGAACUCAGGCCAAUAUUAUUACAUCCAUCUACCCACCCAAUCCACACAGUGGGAGUUCCCUAAAGGACCAACUCCACUGAAUCUCCAGGAACCGCUUUCACCAACAGCAACUUUCGCGAACCCGAUGGCUUCCCCAGCUCUGGGUGGCUUCCCACAGCCUUUGGCCUCACCUGGCUUCCCGCCGCAGAGCGCUUCGUAUCAUCGUGACAGCAUGCUGAGCAUGAAUAAUCUUGCAAGUCCCACAGUAGCUGGCUUUACUGGACCUCCUCCAACUGCUGGUGUGGACAUGUACAGGGUUGCACCCACAAAUGGCGUCUACUUCGGCCCAUACUUGCGCUAUACUAACAUAGAUCUCGAAAGAGGGCUCUGGCUUGGCUCUAUCCUCCUUGUCACAGAUGUGCCUCAGCCUCCUACCAUCCAUAUUCAUCAGAGCACAGACUUGUCUCCUAAUCGUGAGUUGUACGAGUUCCUUGUCGCUGGACGCUAUGAGACGAGCUGGCGCUUCAUUUCUCAUUCUGGCAACGACUUUGCACUAAACGUCAGUGCCAAUGAAAGAGCCAAGCUCGGNGGCAUUGGCCUCAUGUGGAAGGAUGUUUUGCAAAAGCAUGUCGAGUGUGGUGGUUUCCACGCCCAGCUUGGUCUCGGUGGUCAAAUCUUUGGCGACCGUCUAUGGAAAGAGGUUCCCGCCCUCAGACAAUGGACUGCCAUGAGUGGUAAAGAGAACCGCAAGAACGAAGCAUGGACUGCAAAGCUUGAAGAUGAUGUGUCGCAUGCUUACUUCCAUUAUUACUCAAGCCACUUUGAUCAGCCCCAUGUGCGAGAAGCUUUCGCACAGAUCCCUCACGUUCUUACGCUUGACGACAAUGAUAUUGUGCAGCACUGUAUCUGGAUGAUACCGGUGCCUCUACUCUAUCCAAGGCUUGAGACUGCAGAACACAUAGCGCACACCAUGGCAACAGGCAAGAAAGCUGUCACCGGCACGUUUAACAUGCUAGGUCGAGUGACAAGUUCUGUUGCUGGAGUGGUCGGCGCUAAAGGCGUCGUUGGCGAUGGCUUCAGCUCAAUUAAGAAGGCUGUCGGGAAGUCGGGUCUGAUGAGUAGUAUCGCGCACAACAAGUCUCUGCGCAUGACCUUUUUGUCGGGCAGCGUCAACGCAUGUGGUGCCGGUCUUGUGCAUGACCCUUCACAUCCUGGAAACCAUAAGACCAUGUACCAAUUGAUCGCUUCUCCCAUCGUCAAUGCACCUCCGCCAUCCUACGUCCUCCGUCUACUCAACAGCAAUCCCAAACAGCCAAUAUACAUACCCCAGAACGGACAGCGCAGUGCAGGACCACACCAAGCAACACAAUCAACCGACACAAAAGAAGACAUGAUGGAAAUCUUCGUGGCAGACGUUAAUGGCGCUCCUCGCGAAAUGAAGCGUCUCAUGGGUCGUAGAAACUAUGUUGCAAUGGUCGCUUACGAUCCUGAAGUCAAUGAGGGUGCGUAUGCGGCGCCUGUUAAGUACGGCCCGGUCAUCAUUCCCAGCUUGGAGUUUGGUCGAUGA